GGCUGGCUGGUGAUAGAGGCUGCUCAGUACUUCUAUCAGUGAGAGAAGAACAGAGACUAACAUGGAGCAGGGGAAGCAUUUGGCUGGCCUCAUCCUGGCUAUCUCUCUUCUUCAAGGUACUAUUGCCCAGUGGAAACAAGGAGAACCAACACUAGCAGUGGAUGAAAAUCAAGAAGAUGAUUCAGUACUUCUGACUUGUAACUUGAAAGAUCAAAAUAUAAAAUGGUUUAAAGAUGGGAAGGAAAUAAUGACAAAUGGAAAUACAUGGAAACUGGGAAGUGGUUUGAAGGACCCCCGAGGGACAUACUUGUGUCAAGGAUCAAAGAACAAUUCUACUAUACUCCAAGUGUAUUAUAGAAUGUGUCAGAACUGCAUUGAGUUGAAUGCAUCCACCAUGUCUGGUUUUGUCUUCGCGGAAAUCAUCAGCAUUUUUUUCCUUGCUGUUGGGGUGUACUUCAUUGCUGGACAGGAUGGAGUUCGCCAAUCAAGAGCUUCAGACAAGCAGACUCUGUUAUCCAAUGACCAGCUCUACCAGCCCCUCAAGGAUCGGGAAGAUGACCAGUAUAGCCAUCUUCAAGGAAACCAACUGAGGAAAAAUUGAGCUCCACACUCAGAGCAGGCGUGUCCUUCCACACCGGUUCUAAGACAGUGCCUUUGCAUCACCUGCCCUGCCAACUGCUGCCAAUUUUAUUUUCUUUCCCUAAGCAGCUAUAAAGUCUGAGUAGGGGUGGGAGGUGAUUGCAGAGGCCCAUUUCCAAAAACACAAGGGCCAUUGCUAAUUUUCUUGGCAGAAGAAAAUAUGAAAGCUGUGUGUAUCUUUAAAUUCUUUCAGAACAAGAAUGCUGAAUAUUAAUCUUAAUUCUAUAUAAGUGUUUCUCAACACCCACACCAUUAACAUUCUGGACUAGAUAAUUAUUUGUGGUGGGGAUACUGUCCUGUGCCCUGUGCAUUGUGGGGUUUUUAGCAGCCUCCCUGGCCUCCAUUCACCAAAUGUCAUCAAUACCCCAAUUUGUAGUUUUUGAAAACUACAAAUACUGUAUCUCCAGAUAUUUCAAGUGACCCUCAAGGGCAAAACUGCCCUUAGUUAAAAACUGCUGAUAAGUAUUAACUUUUCAACCAACCAAUCAAACAGUCUGAAGUUCCGAUUCAAUCAGUCAAAAGUUUCAACCAGGAAAACAGGGCCUAGGUAUUAUUUGGUUUUCUGAACCAGUUGUAUUUUGUUUCGAUUCAGAUAUUCUACUUUGUAUCUAGUUCUCAGAUAGAAAGCAAUACGAUGUGGAGCACUCCUAGCAGCGAUAAUUUCAGCUCUAAAACUAGACUCAGCCCUGGCUGGUGUGGCUCAGUAGAUUAAGAACUGGCCUGUGAACCAGAGGGGUGUUGGUUCAUAUUCCUAGUCAGGGCGCAUGCCUGGGUUGUGGACCAGGUCAAGCUCCAGGUGAGGGAUGCAUGAGAGGGAAGCACACAUUGAUGUUUUUCUCCCUCUCUUUCUUCCUCCUUCCCUGCUGUCUAAAAUAAAUAAAUAAUUUUUAAAAUAAAAUAAAACUAGACUCAGAGUUUCAGAAGCAAUGAAGGGAGAAGAAAGGCCAUCAAAACAAAUUUUGGGUUUCCUCAAAAAUAAAAUAAAAGUAAAAUCAUGUAUGGUAUUUCAAUAAUAGCACCUAUUGAGAAGUGAUUUUUCUGUAAAAGAUAAAUGAGAAGGUAAAUAACCCCUGAUGCAGACCCUGGCUCUUGGGGUCUGCCACAUUGUGAAUGAGGCAUGAGACAUUCACAUGGACUACUGAGUCCUGUGGAGGAAAAGAGACAACAUGGCUUUUCUCUCAAGGGGAGAAAAAGCCGUGGCCUCCACCAUAACAGGCCUUUAUUUCUUUUUCUGGGCUCAUUACAUAAUGGUCCUCAUUUACUAUGCCCAGGAUGGCUUUAGGUGGUUACCUUUUACAGAAACAAAGGAGAUGCUGCUGCUAAUCACAUCACAGAAGAACAAUAUUUGCAAAUUAAAAGGGAAAAGUGGUUGAACAAGUUACACUCAUCCUGGGAAGGUUUAGCAUGGAUUUUAGCAAGUUACUUUGCAGUAAAUGUUUUCCACCUUAAUUCAGGGUGAGGGAGUUUUAACAAAAGCAAGUCUCAUAGCAGUCUAGCUACAGUGCAGGCCUGAUUCCCCAUGGGAGAACCUAUCCGUGGGCAUGGGUUCUGUACAUCGGACCUUGCUUUCCACAGGGAACUGGGCCCAUGCCACACAGAAUGGUCUCCUACAAACACCUACUAUUUGAAUUUUUUUUAAGUUUUCACUUUCUUUUUGUAUUGGUUAUAAUUUUUUUUAAUUUUUUAAUAUUCUUUAUUUUUAGAAAGAGGGGAAGGGAAGGAGAAAGAGAGAGAGAACCAUCAGUGUGUGGUUGCCUCUCACAUGGCACCCACUGGGGACCUGGCCCACAUCCCAGGCAUGUACCCUGACUGGGAACUGAACUGGUAACCCUUUGGUUCACAGCCCAUGCUCAAUCCACUGAACUAUACCAGCCAGGGCUGAUCUUUUUUUUCUUUUCUUUUUCAGUUUUUAAUUUUUUAAAUUUUAUUUAGUAUUUUUAAAAUAUAUUUUAUUGAUUAUGCCAUUACAGUUCUAUUUCUCCCCUUCAUUCCCCUCCACCCUGUACACCCCCUCCCCACCAUUCCCCCCCCUUUAGUUUAUGACCACGUGUCUCAAGUUCUUUAGAUUCUAUAUUUCCCAUACUAUUCUUGCCCUCCCCUUAUCUAUUUUCUGCCUACCGUCUAUGCUACUUAUUUUCUGUAUCUUCUCCCUCCUUCUCCUUCUCCCACUCCCCUGUUGCUAACCAUCCAUGUGAUCUUCAUUUCUAUAGUUCUGCUCCUAAUCUAGCUGUCCUGUUAGUUUAUUUUUGUUUUAGGUGUGGUUCUUAGUAACUGUGAGUUUGCUGUCCUUUCACUGUUCAUCUUUUUUAUCUUCUUUUCCUUAGGUAAGUCUCUUUAACAUUUCAUAUAAUAAGGGCUUGGUGAUGAUAAACUCCUUGAAUUUGAUCUUAUCUGAGAAGCACUUUAUCUGCCCUUCCAUUCUAAAUGAAAGCUUUGCUGGAUAGAUCAAUCUUGGAUGUAGGUCUUUGGAUUUCAUGACUUGGAACACUUGUUUCUAGCCCCUUCUUGCCUGUAAGGUCUCUUUUGAGAAAUCAGCUGACAGUCUGAUGGGAACUCCUUUGUAGGUGACUUUCCCCUUAGCUCUUUACUUAUUCUGUCUACCUGUCUCCCCUUCUCCUUCUCCCACCCCUGUUGCUAUCCCUCCUUGUAAUCUCCAUUUCUGUGGUUCUGUUUCUAUUCUAAUUGUUUGUUUUUGUUACAGGUGUGGUUAAUAACUGUGAGUUUGCUGUCAUUUUACUGUUCAUAUUUUUAUCUUCUUUUUCUUAGAUAAAUCCCUUUAACAUUCCAUAUAAUAAGGGCUUACUGAUGAUGAACUCAUUGAACUUGACCUUAUCUGAGAAGCACUUUAUCUGCCCUUCCAUUCUAAAUGAAAGCUUUGCUGGAUAGAGCAAUCUUGGAUGUAGGUCCUUGCAUUUCAUGACUUGAAAUACUUCUUUCCAGCCCCUUCUUGCCUGUAAGGUCUCUUUUGAGAAAUCAGCUGACAGUCUGAUGGGAACUCCUUUGUAGGUGACUGUCCGCUUAUCUCUUGCUGCUUCUAGGAUUCUCUCCUUCAUUUUAAUCUUGGCUAAUGUAAUUACGAUAUGCCUUGGUAUGUUCCUCCUUGGGUCCAACUUCUUUGGACUCUCUGAGCUUCCUGGAUUUCCUGGCAGUCUAUUUCCUUUGCCAGAUCAGGGAAGUUCUCCUUUAUUAUUUGUUCAAAUAAGUUUUCCACUGGUGGCUGUUCCUUUUCCCCUUCUGAUACCCCUAUAAUUCAGAUGUUGGAAUGUUUAAAUUGUCCUGGAAGUUCCUAAGCCUCUCCUCAUUUUCUUUGAAUUAUUGUUUCUUCAUUUUUUUCUGUUUGGUCAUUUUUUUUCUUCUUUCUGGUCCACACCCUUAAUUUGAGUCCCAGUUUCCUUUCUAUCACUACUCAUUUCCUGAGCAUUUCCCUUCAUUUCAAUUAGUUUAGCCUUCAUUUGUUCCUCUAAUUUGUGGCUAAAAUCAACCAAUUCUGUGAGCAUCCUGAUCACCAGUAUUUUGAACUGUGCAUCUGAAAGGUUAACUAUGUCUUGGUCGCUUAGAUUUAUUGGCUCUGGGGCUUUGAGCUGUUUUUGAGCCAUAAUGUUUUGGUCUGUUUGCACCUAUUAUGUAUGAGGGGUGGAGCCUUAGGUAUUCACCAGGGCAGGGCAACCCAGGUUGCUGGGUUGUGAUGCUGUAUGUGGGGGUGGGGUCAGAGAGGGGCAAUGACAUUUGUUCUGCUCUCUCUCAGAUUUCUGUCCCCUCUGCCACUUCCCACAAGCAAGUUGAGCCCUUCUGGUGGUGGUUCCCAGGUGUGUGAGCUUGUGCACCCUCCAGGACCCUGUGGGUCUCUCCCACAAACUCUCCGUGAGCCUGGGAGCUUCUCCCAGCACCUCAACCCCAAAAGUUUUUCCAGUUGGUGCUUUUAGGCUUUAAUUCCCUUCGCUGGGGCCCUAGCCUGCGAGGUCUGUCUUACUGCUUGCUCCUUCGCCUGGUUUAUCUGCAUGUGGACAUGUGACUGCAGUCAGCCAGCUGCCUUGUGCCCCCACUGGGUCCGCCUGUUGCCACCAGAUACCUGGGAUCUGCCAACCUCCACCUGCGUGCCUGGGUUGGUCUGGCCACUUUUUCCAGCACAACCCCACUCUGCCACCCACUGACUCCACCCCUCUUACCAGUCUGGCUGACUGGUUCGUUGUUGUCGGACUUCCGUACAGUUCAAUUUUCUGUAUUUGGAUUGCACUUUUGUUACUAAAACUUUGUUGUCUUUAAACUUGGUUGUGCAAGGAGGCACAGUGUUUCCACCUAUGCCUCCAUCUUGGCCGGAAGUGUGUCCUGUUUCUUCUUACAUUUUUAAAGUUUUAUAGUUUUAUUUCUAGUAAUCACUGUCAUUCUCAACAUGCUUAAGACUAUAUGUAACAAAUACAAAUAAAUGUGAUUAUUGAUCCAAAUGAA